UCCCAUCGCUUCACUCUCUUCCAUUCCUCUCUCGCCCUAAUCCCAAACUGUAUUUUUUUUUUUCUUCUUAAUUAUCGUGCGGAUCAUUGGCUGUGUCCUUACUAAGAGUCGUUCAGUUCAAGAUUCAAAACUCUUCAAUUCGCAUCUACCUUCAACUCCUCGAUCGGUAGCUGUAUAAUUCCUGGUAAAAUCUCCUGGUGGAACUGAAAUCUAUUUUAGUUGUUGAAGAUCUGGGGAUUUCGAGUUCUGGCUGAGGAGUAUUCUUCUGUCAACAGGGCGUAGAUGAGAUUUGGGAAUUUCGGUUUGUCGUGUAAUUGAUUUGAUUCUUUGUAAAGAAUGGCUGAUUAUUUUCGUUUUGAUCCGGAUGAGUUCAGUCUCCAUAGCACUGUGGAACUGCAGAAAGCUUGGUAUCUGUUCACGGUAUUGCUGGAUAUUGGUCACCCUGCUUCUGUGGAAGAAAUCGUUGUGAGAUGCGAAUUGUUCAGCGUUACACCAGAAUUUGUUCGGUAUCUGUGCAAAAUUCCCAAUUCUCCUAUCUCUCUAGCGGAUAAUUCUCUCGUUUUUAUCUCCGUAGUUGCGAUCUCUUCUGUGGGGCGUUAUUUUUCGAAGGCAACGAACGGAUGGGAUUCUUUGAGACGGCAUUUUGGAGUUCUAGAGCCCAAUAGGCUCUGGAGUAGCGAUGUUAAAACAUACUUUCGGAAACGGAAAAGAUCAAUCUUAGAUUCUGGAGUACCUUUUCCUGCAAAAAGAAUGUUAACUUCAACUUCUGGAAUUGGGAAUGGAAGUUGUUUGUCAAUGACAAGAAGGAUUUCUCAGAAUUUUGAUGAGGUACCUGCUGACUAUUUAACUCUCACCAGUUCAAAUUCGCUGACAGUUAAUUUGCCUUUUGAACAUCUAGAAAUGGGACAUUUGGAUGUAAAAAUUGAUGAAGAGCCCUUUCCUCUUGAUUAUGCUGAUUUUCCGAACUUUUUGAUGAGUCAUGAUGGACGAAUGGGAAUUGAUAAUGAUGUUCAAGCUAGUAAAAUUUUGAUUAAAGAUGAUGCUGGUUUUUUGAGUGAGAAUGGACAUGAUUGCCACAUUAACGAAGUACGAAAAGACUCAAGUAUACCAAAUGUAAGACACGCAGAUAGAGGAAUGUUAUGUAACCUCGAUCUUUCUUUGGGUCCACCGUGUAGCUCCACAAACACACUUCCUUGUGACAAAAUCCUUGAAAAUAACAAUAAAUUGGCUUAUAGAUCAGGAAACACACCUGUGUCGUGCCUUGGAGGUGAUAUGCAGCCUCGUGUUCAACCUUCUGAGGUUGAGAAUGGGAUUUACACUAUGCAUUUGUCUAAUAUUACGGAAUGGAAGCUAGAAGAUGAGAAAAACAAGAUUUGUGAAAUGAAAAAUUGCUCCGAGAACACUAGAACAACAGAAAACCAUCUUGUUCACUUGGAGGGACACGCAGUAACUGGUGAAGCAGGAAGAAACUUUCUAGACUUGAGAAACCCAGUAACCAUAUCAAACAUGGAUAAAGAUGACAUAUCCAGGAAAGGCAACACUCAGAUUCCUUGUUCCUUACCUGACCAUUUGUUUGAUCAGCAGCCAUCUGUCAAGACCUUUGGGGAACUUGAUGGAUCACAAAAAUGUACUUUAGUUCCCGAGAAAGUUCUCAUGGAGUCUGCAGUUAGUAAGGAGGUUUCUCAACCUCUUGAGCAGCAAAACCGAUAUAACAGUGUCCAUAAACCGACGUCCAAGGUGCAGAAGUUCAAGAAGAAUUCAAAUGAGAAUGUGCACAUUAAGGAAAAUCCUUUGGACUCUCCCACUUCAUCUCUGAAGUUGGAGAAAACAUCAUUUCCUCAAUUAGAGUCUUUCAUCAUCGAGGAGGAAGAAGGUUCUGGUGGUUAUGGAACUGUUUACAGGGCUCGAAGAAAAAAUGAUGGGAAACGUAUAGCUAUCAAAUGUCCCCACGUUAAUGCUCACAAGCACAAUGUAAACAAUGAGCUAAAAAUGCUCGAGCGAUUUGGCGGAAGGAACUUCAUAAUCAAGUGUGAAGGGUCCUUUAGUAGUGGCAAUAGUGAGUGCUUAAUGCUGGAACACGUAGAACAUGACAGACCUGAGGUUUUGAAGAAAGACAUUGAUAUAGUUCGGCUUCAGUGGUAUGGUUACUGCUUGUUUAAGGCCUUGGCAUGUCUGCAUAAGCAGGGAGUCAUGCACAGAGAUGUUAAGCCUGGUAACUUCCUGUUUUCUAGGAAACAGAACAAAGGUUACCUCAUUGAUUUUAACCUUGCCAUGGAUUUACAGCAGAAGUACUCCAUAGCAAGUAAAUCAAAUACAAGUCAUCAUGCAUCUUCGAGUCACGUUGCUGUUCCUCAUUCUUUAUCCGGUUCAUCUGUUAAAGACCAGAAUUUCAGAGGUUUUGCAUAUCUCAGCAAGGGAGAAACAGGAAAAUCUAAGCAGGCUUGCGAACAUGAUAAGACCUUGAAAAAGAGAGCUUAUAUACCCUUGAAAAAAUAUCCAGAUAUGGGUGGUGGGAGUGCAGUACGAAGCCAGGGUGCAGAUGGAUCUGGUAUAACCUCUGCAAAGGAUGUAACAAGUGUGAGGACGCUUUCCACAGAAAAUAUGAGGGAGCCUCUUCCAUGUCAAGGAAGAAAGGAAUUGCUAAGUUUGGUGCAAAAUGCAUUACGCAAUUCUGACCAUGUCACCCAAAAUAGCUCCGAUUUACGAAGGAAAAGGAUAGCUGCUCCUCCACGCAAGGAAGACAACAAAAUUAUACAUCCAAGCCCAAUUCUGGUCCAUUGCUCUGGCAUUUCUGUAGCUGGUUCUAGAGUACUAAAAGCUAAAGGAGAUGCAAAGCGCAAAAAAGAGGGAUCUUGUGCUGGGACAAAGGGAUUUCGAGCUCCAGAGGUCCUAUUCAGAUCCCUACAUCAAGGACCUCAGGUCGAUAUCUGGUCUGCUGGUGUUACUCUUCUCUAUCUAAUGGUUGGAAGNAAGCCAUUUCAUGGUAGGAACCUAAAAGACAUUGCUAAAUUGAGGGGCAGUGAAGAUUUAUGGGAGGUGGCCAAAUUACAUGAUCGUGAAUCUGCAUUUCCACGGGAGUUGUUCGACAUAACAUCCUUCCCAGCUAGGGAUUUGCAGAGUUGGGUCAAGGCUCACACAAAGCGACCAGAUUUCUUCAAGCUCAUCCCAACAUCACUCUUUAAUCUGGUGGAUAAGUGCCUGACAGUUAAUCCGAGGCAAAGGAUUACUGCAGAGGAAGCUCUAAAGCAUGAGUUCUUCAACUCAUGCCAUGAUCGGCUUCGGAAGCAGAGGAUGCUCUUGCGAGGUUCUAGAUUCAACUCCUCCGCUAAUGUCUUGGGCGAACGCAAAGCGGUUCAAUGACAGGUAUUCGAGCUUUUUUUAAAGAUGAGUACAAUUUUCAAGGCUUUGAUAUUGUUCAUUGCCCCUUGUUUUGAAGCUGUAUAUGUCAUUGUAAUGAUAUUGAAUGUAUGUUCCAUGUCAUUAUAUUGUUAACUUGUAACAUAAAAAUAUAAUUAGCAGAAGGCAUUAGGCAAUAUGUAUAAAUACUUUUGAAGGAG